GAAGAAAUAUAUUAGUGGAGUACAUUGAACCGAUCACAGAGUCAAAUGCACAUAAGCAGGAUAUUGUUUGCGUUUGAUAAACAGAUUUAUAUCGGAUUCUUUUUUUCAAUAAAUCAUCACAAUGAUUACUACUACUAAUUAAUCAGCAUUAAUCACCAUCACUAAGGUAUUUAACUAAUGGUCUCGGCGAUUAUUUUGUUGUUUGAUUUCUCUUAGGCUAAACUAUUGAUAGAAAAAAAGUUUGGAUCAUUUUAUAAAGGUUUUCUAAACUUUAACUUUAAUUAUUAGCUGACCGUCGACAAUGUGCAGUUCGAUAAGGACACAUAUGCUAAGGUUUUCUUAUGCCAAAUAAAAUAUAUUUUGUUUUAUGAUUUCAAUUGUUGAAUUUGUUUUUUAUUCAAGAAAGUACAAAUACGUAUAAUUAAAUGGGCCGCUUGUGUUCAAAAAAUAAAUAUAUAAUAAUAACUAAAAAGUAUUAAUUUUUGUAUGUAAUAACUAAAAAGCUAAAUUACUAUAUACCCUAUUACUUCGGCCAAAACUGUAAUUGUAAGCGCGACACUAAAUAUAAUGGAGAUCUUAUCUCAAACAUGAUGUAAUCUUUAUCUAACACCCUUGCUUGGUCCGAUUCAUUGCACAACAAUACACAAGAGAAGAUUGUCCACAUACACACGUAGGGACAUAUAUCAACAUGCAUCCACAUACCUAUAUAUAAUAUACAAUAUAGAUUUAUUAAAUUAAAAUACAGAGCAAGGAGACACCAGUUUUACGGAUUCUGUAGCCUCCUUUUAUCUUUCUUAGCUGUUCUCUUUCUCUCCUUGUCCCUCAAUAUAAAUACAAACGAACCCAAUACUUCCUUCUUACGUACCAAGAAAGUUAGUUUCUCAAUUCUUGAUUAAACAUACACAAAACAAUAACCUUAAUUUCAAGAAACUACUAUUGUUAAAAAUCAGAGAUUUUCCCUAGCUAAUGGCUAUAUUCGGGAAACUGACAAAGCUCAAAUCAGCCAUAAAGAAAUGGCCUUCCUUGACCAAGAACCACCAUUCAACCACCGUGUCUACAGCCUCUACAGCCGCAUCCGAUGUCUCAAAGUGCGGAGAUCUCCAUGUGGUUUACGUCGGAAAGUCACGAAGACCUUACAUGCUUAGUUCCCACGUCAUCGCUCAUCCGCUUUUCCAAGAACUACUUGAUCGGUCUUUGAGAUUCGCCGUUGAACAUCACGAUCAAGAGACAGUCUUAGUAGCUUGUGAAGUCGUAUUGUUCGAGCACUUGUUAUGGAUGCUCAAGAACAGUUCCUCUGAUCACGGCGAUGACGAAGAUGAUGAUGAUCGCGAAAGAGGAUCCGUCGAGGAGUUGGCUGAGUUCUAUACUUAUUGACGGCGCGAUACAUAUUCUUAUAAUAUAUACUUUAUUUCGUUAAUUUUGGAAUUGAUUCGACAUGAUCAAAUGCGGUCAUGCACAAACCAUUUCCUUUGCUUUUGUUCAAAUUUUUAGAAUUAGUACUCUUUAACUAAUAGUAUAAUUAUGUCGGACGAAAGAGGGUAGUGAUCUUUGCCUAAUGAUGAUAAAUCGUAACAAUGCUAAAAUUUAUCUUUUAUUGAUUUUGCUCCAUUUUUAUGUACAUGUAUUCUUCAGUACGUAGUUAUUUAUAUAUAUAUAUGCAUGUUAUGAGAUUUUCGAAAGAAUAAAAUUCGCCGCCACGUGAUGAU